AUGUCCGCCGCCGUCCACAGCAACUGCCAGUGCGGCCCUCAGUGCGCGUGCACGGCCAAGGGCGGCCCCUGCACCUGCUCCUCCGGUGUCGGUGUCGCUGGCGUGAAGAAGGAGACGACCCUCGGUGGCCCCUGCGCCUGCGGCCCGGCGUGUACUUGCACCGCCAACGGCGGCGGGUGUGACUGCCCCUCGGCCGCUGAUGAGCCCGUCGUCGCCGCCGCUGCUUCGAAGAGGGUCGUCGGCGGCCCCUGCGCCUGCGGCCCUGCGUGCACCUGCACUGCGAACGGUGGUGGCUGCGACUGUCCCUCCGCCGACGAGCAGCCCGUCGCCGCCGUUGCCGCCGCCAAGCGUGUUCCCGGUGGCCCCUGCCCUUGCGGCCCCGCGUGCACCUGUACCGCCAACGGAGGUGGCUGCGACUGCCCCUCGGCCGAGGAGACUGCCGCCGUCGCCGCCGCUCCCGCCAAGCGCGUCCCCAAGACCACCGGAGGAUGCCACUGCGGCGGCGCUUGCGCCUGCACCUCCUCCGGCGGCCCCAAGCCUGCCGAGGCUGGCGGCUGCAACGAUUCCUCUUGA